CGCUAGGCAUCGUUAUGACAGCCACACCACCACCAGCAGUCCUGAGGCCGCCUGUCCGCCUUGUCCUCGACUGGGACGGCACCGUGACGUACAAGGACACGCUGCACUUCCUCGGCCGCAUCUGCGCCUCUCACCAGAAGCAAACACAACAGGCACAAGCAGUAGCACCACCACCACCAGCACAGCCGCCCAGCACCAACACCGCAGCCUGGGACGCCAUCGUCGCCGCCUACCUGCACGACUACUCCGCCCACGCUGCGCACUACCACCCCCCACCGCAUCAGCGCACCCGCCCCGCCGACGAGAGCGCCUGGCUCGCCAGCCUGCAGCCCAUCGAAGCCCGCAGCGCCGCGCGCGUCACGGCCGCCCGUCUCUUCGCGGGCGUUACGGCGGCCGACGUGCGCGCCGGCGCCGCCCAGGCCAUCGACUCCGAGGAGCUGCGCCUACGCCCAGGCUGGGCCGACCUCUUCGCCAGCAAUGGCCGCCGCGGCACCUCCUCCCCCGGCAUCACCACCAGCAUCCUCAGCGUCAACUGGAGCGCCAGCUUUGUGCGGGCGUGCCUGCUCCGCGCAGCCGAGAAGAAGGCAGCGGUGGCCACAGAGGAGCGCUCCUCCGCCGACCUCAUUGAGGCCAAGUCCCCCGCCGCAGUCGACGCUCAAGCACUGCAGCGCGCGCUCCAAGGUCUUCGCAUCAACGCCAACGAGAUCGCGGGGCUGGACCAGCCCUCCGGCUCCUCAGGCCAGCUCGACGGCGCCAUCCGCACCAGCGCCGACAAGCGCGCGCACAUAGACGCGCUGCGCGCUCGCGUUGCUACUGGGGAAGAGGGCGGCGACGGCGACACGAUCGUGUACGUAGGCGACAGCGCAACGGACUUUGACGCGCUGCUGGCGGCGGACGUGGGCGUGUGUGUCAGGGACGAGCCGAUGGGGGGAGGGCAGCGGGAGCUGGCGGAAGCGAUGGAGCGGGUGGGCGUCCCGGUGAGGCGAUUAGGGGAGGCGACGGGGGAGCUGGGGAAGGGGGCGCAGGGAGAGGACGAAGAAGGGGGAGAUGAGGCUGCCGCGGCCGCGGCGGGCGACAGGGAGGCGCGGCAGCGGCAGCGGCAGCGCGGCGUGUGGUGGGUGAGGGAUCUUAGGGAGGUUGCCGAGUACAUUGGGCAGGUGCGAGGAGCACGGCAGUAGUAGGUGAUGACGCUGAUGACUGAGGAGGAUGAUGAUGACGCAGGAGGGGAGGGGAUGGGAGGGGUGCGAGAGCCUUACGUGUAUGAAGCCCUCGACCCUGGAGGGAGUGGUGGCCUCGGGGCCUCAGAACCUCAGGGACUCGGGGCCUGCCAACCGGAAGCGCAUCCGCGUCCGUCAGUCAGGGCAAAAGAGGUCAUCUGUGGCAGCGCGCGCUCCAGCAGUAGUCCAGACCCAGCCCUGAAAGAGUAGUAGGUAGGUGGUGCUCUGCCACCACAGCCCAGCUAACGGCCCC